CUGGGUUUGCUGCAGGUGUUGGUCCCUGACAAUGUUUUGUCUCUGCACAGAAUGCCAUGAACCUGCCCCCCGACAAAGCCCGGCUGCUGCGCCAGUACGACAACGAGAAGAAGUGGGAGCUCAUCUGUGACCAGGAGAGGUUCCAAGUGAAGAAUCCUCCCCACACUUACAUCCAGAAGCUGAAGGGAUAUCUGGACCCAGCAGUGACCAGGAAGAAAUUCAGGAGGAGGGUGCAGGAAUCCACGCAGGUGCUGCGGGAACUGGAAAUUUCCCUCAGGACAAAUCACAUCGGGUGA